AUGGAAGAUCAAGGCAUCUGGGAGGCAGUCGAGCCAGCGGCCGGUGUGGUAGUCGACAUGAGGAAGGACAAAAAGGUGGCGAAGAAGGCGACGGCAAAGGAGGUCUGGGACUGCCUCAAGACAAGAUUCAUCGAGGCCUAUCGCGUGAGGAAUGCGCUCCUGCAGACGUUAAAGAGCGACUUUGACGCCAUGCGAAUGCAAGAAGGAGAGACGUUGGAUCACCAUGCAGGCAGGCUCAUCAGGAUGUCCGUCAAGUAUGCCAACUUGCGGGGAACCUUGAGUGACGCCGCCCUGGUGAAGAAGUUGUUUGGCACCGUCCCAAACCGAUUUCUUAGCGCAAUCGUCGGCAUAGAGCAGUUUUGCGACCUCGACACUAUGUUGUUUGAAGAGGCCGUGGGACGACUCAAGACCUACGAAGAACGCUCGCGUCCCCGAGCAUUUGGUACCAAUGGCAACGAUGAUGCUCAACUACUUCUCACUCAGGCCGAGUGGGAGGCACGGCAGAAGAGAAGCAGCGCCAACCCCUCAUUGACCAGAAAAGGAGAGGGCUCCAGGGAAUGGAGGGGAUCGGAGCCGGGGUGGACGCGGACACGGCAAAGGGCGCGGGAGAGGCAUUACGCGAAUCGAUGCAAGGCUUCCAAGAAGAAGGAGGAGGCGCAACUCACACAAGCUGAUGACACCGAGCGAGCUCUGCUGCUUGUAGAGUUGGAAGAAGUGGUGUCCGCAGCACUUGAGCGACAAGAAUGGCAGGAACGGCAGGAUGUCGUCCUACUGAAUGAAAAGCAGGUGUGGCCCGAACUGCACGGGACCGAGCACGGUAACGAAAUUAUUGACAUCUUUUAUCUGGAUAAUGGCGCCAGCAACCACAUGACCGAAGACAAUGUCAAGUUUCGUGAGUUGGACGAGGCAAUCACCAGCAAGGUGAGGUUCAACGACGGCUCAUCAGUGCAGAUCAUUGCAUAUUAUAUCUCAAGCCUUCGCAUCAACAUCGUGAGUCUUGGGCAACUCACUGAGGCAAGCGACAAGGUGUUUAUGGAUAAAGAUGAACUGGAGGUGUUCGUCAAAAAUCCAUGGCAGUUGAUCAUGAAGGUGAGCCGCACACCAAAUCGUCUUUACCGCAUCAAGCUGCAGAUUGUUAGGCCAGUGUGCCUCUUGGCAAACCUCGAUGAUCCGGCAUGGUUGUCGCACGCUCGUUAA